AUGGAUUUCAAACGCACCAGAAUCAGCAUCACCAUCACCAUCCCCGGCUUCACCAAAACACGCACCAAGAGAAUCAUCACAUUCCUCCUCUCCCUCACCAUCGCCGCCUUGGUCCUCUCCAUCUUCCUCCACUUCUCCCACCUCCACCCCACCAACCGCCCCCUCUCCUCCGCCUGCUCCCACACCCUCUACCCCUCCCUCUGCCUCUCCUCCCUCUCUCCCUUCCCCAACUCCUCCGACCACCUCCUCCCCCUCUCCCUCCACCUCACCCUCACCCGCGCCGUCUCCGCCCGCGCCGCCGCUGCAGACCACUUCUCCUCCCAACAACACCCCUCCCCGCCAGCCCGCGACUGCGCCGAGCUCCUCGACCAGACCAUCUACGAGCUCGAGUCCGCCCUGGCCGAGCUCCCCACCUCCCGGCCCCCGCAUCGAAACAUCAGGACGCUCCUCAGCGCGGCCAUGACCAACGAGAACACCUGCAUCAAUGGAUUCUUGGAUCUCGAGGAGGUCGAAAACGGCCGCUAUCUCGAGAACCUGCUGACGCCGGUCUCUCAGAUGAUCAGCAAUGUGUUGGCGCUGAUCAAGCACGUGGAGGGCCAAGAAAGUGUCAAGAAUGUGAAGAUGGUCACCGGAGAGGUGGCUGGAUUGGCUAGGAGGAGGAGGAAUAGGAAGAAGAGGAGAUUGAGGGCUAAUGUGGUGGUGGAUUGUGGUGGGAGAGGGAGGUUUAGGCUGAUUGGGGAAGCUGUUGCAGCUGCUCCAAACAUGAGUGUGAAGACCUAUGUGAUCAAGAUCAAUAAAGGGGUUUAUAGAGAGAAUGUGGUGAUCCCAAGAGAGAAGAUCAACAUCAUGUUGGUUGGUGAAGGGAUGAACUCAACCAUCAUCACUGCUUCAAGAAGUUUAGCAGAUGGAUUCUCCACUUUUGAAUCAGCUACUCUCACUGUGGUGGGAGACAAGUUCAUAGCCAGAGACAUCACCAUACAGAACACAGCAGCAGCGGAGAAGCACCAAGCCGUGGCGUUACGCGUGACCUCCAACGCAGCGUUCUACCGCUGCAACAUCGCCUCUCACCAGGACACGCUCUACGCGCACUCGCUGCGCCAGCUCUACCACGAGUGCACGAUUCAGGGGACGAUCGACUUCAUCUUUGGGAACGCGGCGGCAGUGUUCAGCAAGUGUAGGAUACUGGUGCGGAGGCCGCUGCUGGGGCAGAGGAACACCAUCACGGCCCAAGGGAGGGAGGAUCCGAACCAGAACACCGGGAUCAGCCUGCAAAAGUGCACGAUUGAGGCCGCGGCCGAGUUCAACUCGACGGAGAGGAAGCGUUUCGCGACGUACCUAGGGAGGCCGUGGAGGAAGUACUCGAGGGUGUUCGUUGCAAACAGCUACCUCGGAGACCUGAUACACCCUCGAGGGUGGCUGGAGUGGCCUCUGUAUAGCGAUGCGGAUACUGUGGAGUACGUCGAGUGCAGGAACUAUGGACCCGGUGCAUCUAUGAGGCGGCGGAUCUCGUGGGGUGGAUACCGGAACAACUGCACCGCGGAGAUGGCGAAGCGGUUUGCAGUUGGAGAGUUCUUACAUGGAGAAGAUGACUGGUUAGAGUCAACUGUGAUACCAAUCUUUGAUUAAAAAUGGAUCAAAUCCUGCUUUUUGCAGUGGCAAUGUGGAGAAUUAUGCUUCUUGAAGUGUAAAUAAUACUACAAUUUUUGAUGUGAUUA